AUGGCCUUGGUCGACUACUCAUCCUCCGAUCCGGGUUCUGAGUCUGAUUCUGAGUCUGAUUCUGAUCCUGCCCCUGGACAGAACCACCAGGGCUGCCGUCGACACUCGCCAACCAGCAUACCCGAGUCAACAUCAACACCACUUACAGCCAGGCGUCAGCUCGGGCACCAGCUCAGUCCCCAGCCCGCCUCGAGUCCCUUGCCGCCCUUGCCGUCUUCUUUCCACAACCUCUACGCCUCUACUGUGCGCACCGCGACCGCAGACCUGCCCAGCUUGCACCAGGGCAGGAGGCGCAUCAUCCCUCACAAGGACGGCAACUGGCCCAGCCACAUCUAUCUCGAGUGGCACCCCACAUCCUCCCAGCACCAGCUCCUCCACUCGCUCCUCGUCGCCCUCACACGGGACCUCCAACACCUUCUCAUCGGCCAUGGCCUGGUCGGCUUCCUGACCUCGGACCUGGGCGCCCCCUUACCCCUGCACGUGAGCCUGUCCCGCCCUUUUGUCCUGCGCACCCACGACAAGGAUGCCUUCCUGGACCUUCUCAUCCGGGACACCGCCCGGUGCCACGUACCCACCUUCGCUCUGGCCUGUGACGACCUGGCCUGGCACCGCAGCCCGGAGUCGGAGCGCUCCUUCCUUGUCCUGCGCGUGCGCGGGCCCCGCGGCGACAACGACGAGCUGUCGGCGCUGCUGCGCGUCUGCAACCACCUCGUAGCAUCGCACGGCCAGCCGGAGCUCUACGCAUUAUCCGGGCGGCCCGGCGAUGACAGCAACGGCCACGCCAGCGACGCCUUCCACGUCUCGCUUGCCUGGUCCUUUUCCCAGCCGACGGCUGAGUUGAGGCAGAAGACGGCUGAGGUCUUUGCGCGGCCAGAGUUUCGUGACGCCAUCCAUUCGCGCAUUAGCAUUCCUGUUGAGGGGGUCAAGGUCAAGAUUGGGAACGUGGUCACUAAUAUCGCACUGCCAGAAGCCGGCGGUAGGACCGGCAGUGGAAGUGGGAAGGGGCUGUUUGAUAUCUGA